GAAUCACCGAUUUUUUUUUUUUUUUUUUUUGCGAACAAAUUUUUAUGGGUUAGACGUAGAAACGGGUGUAAAAAGUACAGGAAAAUACAGAAGACGGUGAAGUGGUGGGUAACACGUAGAUGAAGGAACUCUCUAGGGCGCACUUGUUGGAGAAUUGAACGUCUGACUUUUUUUGAGUUGCCCGCUGCGGGCGUGGAGGGUGCUGUUCCGGUCUCUCACGCGCUAUCCCUUUUUCAGUUUAGGGGUACAUUGUAUCGCACCAACGACGUGAACGAAAGAAAAUUGAAGAGUCAUCACAGAUGGAUAGCAAACACCUUCUCCACGAUAACCCCCCUGCUUAUACUCCGCCAGUGGGUGCCCAACAUGCAGGGGCUUACGGCUACGGGACAAUCCCUGCCAGUACCAACCAGCCUGCUUUCCAGUCUCCGUCAGGGUAUCCAUACCCCUCUGCGCCAGCAUGUGGACCACCGCCUCCAACUUUCCAGCCAUCGUCAGUUCCCAGCACGUACACCAUCAUCCAACAGCCAGCUACAACUUCUGUUGUUGUGGUUGGGGGUUGUCCUGCAUGCAGAGUUGGAGUUUUGGAGGAUUCAUUUACAUGCCUAGGCAUAUUAUGUGCCAUUCUGUUUUUCCCCAUCGGUAUCCUUUUCUGCAUAGCUCUACGACAGAGGAGGUGCCCAAACUGUGGGGCCACUUUUGGUUAACUGCAUCAACAGCAGGCUCUUGGGGCCAAAUCAACAAUGUUUUUGUAUUGUAAAUUCUUUAACAUGUUCUGUAAAUGUUGCGUCUAAUGUACAGUUGAAAAAUUUAUGGAAUUAUGGUUUUAGAUCUGGGAUGUAUAAAUGGUCAAGAUAUGGGAUACCCAGCCAUGUGAGAAAAAAACUGUAUUGCAUGCAUAUGGGUAGAUGGUUAUGAAAUUUCACUUAUUUCUGGUGCCUUUCAGAUGAUUACAUUUUUUGCUUGUUUUGCAGUUAUUGAAUAUAUUGCAAGGAACUUUUCAUAUAUUGCAUUUAAUGCCAAAAUGUUCAUGUUUUCUCACAAUUUUUGUAUGGUAAUUCUAUUGGGGCUUGUGCAAAGGUUGUUAUUUUUCUUAUUUGGACACUGCAUUAAAUAACGUAACUGUCUGCAUAGGAGUUUAACUUGCCCCAGUGCAUUAGCAUGAAGCCCCACAGCACGAAUGCUGCUUAUUUUCCCAUAAUUCUGUGUUUUGCUGAUUGUCAUAAGAAACACUGGAGGGCAAGUUGGAUAGCUGUUUAGCAGUACACUUGCAAAAGCCUCUAAACUAACGAGGUAGAAGAUUAUUUUCCAUUAACACAAAAUUGCUCGGUUAUUCACACGAAAAAAAAAAUCUAACACAAAUGAUUAAUUACAGAACUGCCAUUCAUGUCCAUUGGGGACCAGUAUUGUAACUGUUUAUAGAAUUUAAUGUCUUUGUCAAAGAUGUUCAUUAAAACAAAUACAGAACAGAAUUAUUAAGGCUUAUUUUGCCAAUUUUACUUGAGCAGCUUCAAAAACAUUGUGUAUUUCUUUACUGGACAAUCAAGAUAUUAUAAAAGAUAACCAGGAAAUAAAUGUAUAUUCUGUAUACACUACGUUCCAUUGUUUCACUAGACAUACUGGUAAUUACAUAUAUGUAAAAUGAAUGAAUAAUAUUUAAGUACUUUUAAGUAUGUCCAGUUUUAUAAAUCUUUUGCUAAUAAAACUUCAAAUUUUGCUGACUUA